GAUCGAUAGGGUCUGGGGGAUAGAGCUAGAGCGACCCAAAAUUGGUUUAGUCGAUCUACCGGGUUCACUUCGCCGAGGCGGAACUACGUAAAUUUCUGACAUCGAGUUUCUUUCACCUCCCCCUUUCUCUCUGAUUCACUGAAGUAUGCGGCUAUGCCGAUAGGCAUAGAUCAUACUUUCAAAUGAAUACGACAACAACAACAGGUGGUCAUGGACCGUCUCGGAUACCACAGCGGUAAUAGGCCGAAGAGGUCACUGGAUCCAGAAAAAGACUCCCCCCGGACGUGAAAGACGUCUGGUUUGUGGGUGGACACUGCGAUGUCGGCGGAGGAAACGCAUCGGACGACAAGCGUUGUAUGAGGCAGACACGAAAUGUUGUCUCAAUGUUCGCUAAUGACCCAUUCAACUGGCUUGCUAUGGCAUCUUGUUGCCCCCAAUUAAGUACCCCAACGACGAAGACCAAAAGGACAACCUCAACAAACAAAGCAAACCUAGUCAAUGGCUCGUACCCUUCCCCAGAAACGGACGGAUCCCGUUCACCUGUUGAUAAGGAAUCGGAUCCCAACACACCACCCGGGCCUCCAGACGCCAGGGAAUUUUCCCCGGAUGCGGCUGGGGAAGAGGAACGCAAGGCACACACUCGACGAGCAAAAUUCCUCCGGUACCAGGAGUACAAGUCUGGCGUCAUAUACGACCUAGACAUUGUCGAGAAUGACUUGGCUGCACCAGCGUACGAUGAGAUGUGGAGGUGGGAUGAAUGGACAUCUGGUGGCAUCGCAUUCAUGUCCUUGUGGUGGUUCCUCGAGUCUACACCUUUCAUAAGCCUUGUGCAGGACAAGCACACGCUCUCAUGCAGGGAGUCCAAGCUUCGGCAUGCUCUGUUUGGUCACUUCAUAGCAUUUCCCGACUGACUUUGAUGGCGUGAGAUGUUCAGCUUCGAUUUUUUUCGGCCACACCAUAUUCCUCAAGGUGCAACACCAGACGUAUAUAAAGGUACUACUAUUUCAGACGAAUGGGUGAAGUUCUUG